CAAAUGUUCAAAUGACCACUGAAUACUGAUAAGUACUGAGACCUGAGUACCAAAUACGAAUGUUUUUUUAAUUGUCUGUACGUUGUUAGUACGAACUACGAAGACGAGAAUUUCGUUUUACGUUUCUAGAUUAUUUGAUAUUGUGAAACCGGUUCUUCAAGUUAAAAAUAAUUAAAAGAUGUCAGAACGAGAACCGAUGAGUCAGAGUGGUUCCAGUCGUGACUAUGGGGCUACUGCAGCACCUCCUGCAGUAGGCUUUGCAGACUUUAGCCCCACCGAGUUGUAUAACCUCAGUGAAGGGAUUGCUGACAAUGUUAAUACUAUAAAUAGUGGUCUCCGCACUUUAGAAAAAAUGAUGAAACAGAUUGGCGGACCUAGCGAUAGUAUACAGCUAAGGGACAAAAUCCAUGACACGCAACAGAAAGUGAAUAGCUCAGUAUCGGCAACUGCUCGCGACAUCCAGCGGUUAGGCGUAGUUGUCCGACGUGGCGAUAAACCGCAAAAAUUGCAGGUCGAGAGACUUACGCAAGCCUUCAGCGAUGCUCUGGCUAACUAUUCUUCCGUUCAGAAGAAAGUAACCGAAAAGAUGGCGGCCCAUAUGCCGACUCAGCCUCGCAAUAAGAAUGACCCCGAAGCACUGGAGAGACAGGCUAUCGCUGACGACGAAGAGGCCAGUCUAAUUUCUAAUCAACAAGCACAGGCGCGUCUAGUUCAAUUUGAGACGAGCAUGCUGCUAGAGAAAGAGGCCUAUAUGAAUAAGAUUGAAGCUGAUGUGUUAGAUGUGAAUCAAAUAAUGCAGGACCUUGCUGUGAUGGUCAAUGCCCAGGCACAAUCUAUCGAUACAGUAGAAAGCCAUAUAGAGGCAGCCGGUGUCUCUGUGGAGGCUGGAGUUGAUGAAUUGGCGAAAGCUGCGGAAUAUCAAAGAAGGUACCGGAGGAGAAUGUUCUUUUUCAUCACGAUUGCUAUCAUAUUAGCCAUCCUUCUUAUUGUGUGGGUUGUUAAGGCUUUUAGAUAGAUUUUUUGUAUAUCCGAUAUAUCUUGCGUAUAAAAAAUUCAAUUAUAACAACUAAUUGUGCUUAUUCUUAUCAAUUUAACCAUAUAUUUUAUAAAAGUUUCUUAUAAAAAAAUAAUUUAGUAUUGUACUCCAUUUUACAACAUAUAAAGUGAAUCCCUGUGUAAAUUAUUGCGAUAAAAAUGUAUAUGGUAAAUUUUAAUGUAGUGAGAAUUAGCACCAUUAGAAAAUUCGCCUUAAAUUUGAAUUAAGAAACUUAUUAUACUGUUAACACAUAUGAACAAUGAAGGUAUUCACAUUUUUCCCUUUCGUAAUCGUUAUUUGUAGGUUAUUUGCCGCCCAUAGUGCAGUGAAUAACUGACUUCCAAACUUACAUGUUUAUAUAUCUAAAUCUCACGGAGUGGAUCCUUUGAAAGCAUCCAUUCCAAUAACCUCAAAAAAACUAAAACGUCAGGGCUCGUGUCCUUAAGACGAAAGAAGAGAGAAAACCUUGGGCAUGAGGGCUCAGGGUAGUGAAAAAUAUUAUUUAUAUCCUCUGAAUUAUGAAUUUAGCCGUGCCUAUAACAAGGCCAGUCAUCUCUGGCCCUUGUCCCACUAUUCUGUAUAUAGUGGUUGUAGAUCUUGCUUUAAGCCCAAAUAAACUGGUUGGUCCUUAACAGUUCUUAAUAGGAUUAAAGGACUGCGCUGGUAUUCUGCAAAUUAAAAUAGCGAAUGCGAUUCCAACUUCAAUGCUGAUUCUUUGUAUAUCAUUGUAUCGCAAGGCGAUAUGAAAACUACAUUGAUAUUGCAUAUAAAACGGGGUCGGUAUCGCUAUUAGAAAUGACAGAAUACCGGCGCUGCUUUAAAAAUGUUAUUUUUUUUUAAUUUUAAGGCAUGAUUAAACAAUUUUGAAUGUAUAAUAACUCAAAAACAAGGUGUUACGUAUACCGACAAAUUAAGGAAAUCCUAAAUUGACUGCAAAUCUCCAAAAAAUAUGUAAUUUACGAAUUUAAUUAUUAAUAUAUGCCAACGUUGAUUUUUUAUUAUUAAAAAUACGAAAGAUUUUUUUUUACAAUUAAAUUAAUAUGUAUCACCCUAAAUGUAAAAAAAAUAUAGGUAUAGUGUAUUUAUGACACUUUGAGGUUAAUAUUUAUGGUUUUAAAUGGCACACGUUUUUAUAUUUAGAUGGUUUGUGCAAUAUUUGUAAUCUUCGACAGUAUAGGUAAAUAAAAACGCAGCUGGUUUAAUGAUAAUACAAUGCAAUUACAUAAAUGCAAACAUUCCCGAGAAUACUCUAUUAUAUAAUUGUAAGUGAUUGUACCUAUGUUAUGUGUUUUUAUACCUAUUCUAAAUUGUCUAUAAAACAACAAUUACGAGUAUACUUUAAUAGGUUACAAUAUUUUUAAUUUAAAAAGUUAUUACUUAAUUUCCUUUAUAGCGCGAUAUAAAGAGUUAAAAAUUUGCCCAAAUGAAAUAACUUUUAAUUAUUAAUAUAAUUUAUUACAUUCUAAUGAAUUGAUAUUGGAGAGAUUAUACUCCUCAUGUAUAUAACCAUAUAUUACGAGAGAUAGCGUUGUUUCCACUGCAGACAUGGUCUAUUAAACAUUUCUUUAAUUUUUAAAUGUGAUUUGUAAGUAAAGUUCAUACAUUUUCUAAGAGAUAUGCAACGCUGAUCUCCGUAAUGAUGCUAGAUUUUGUACGCCGGCACUAUUAGGAAUAAUAGUCGUGUAUAUUAUAUGCUACGAUAAGUAUUCAAGCAACGAUUUCUAUAUUUUAAUAUAAUACAUGUAUCACAGUAUUUCUUAUUUAAUUGCUACAUUUAUGUAUUUAACGGGCGAAUAAUAUUUUUAACUGAGUUCGCCGUUAAAUAGGUAUAGGAAUGGCAUGUCACGUGACCCGAUUAUAUUGUUAAACAAUAAAA